AUGCCUCCUAAAGGGCAGGCUUUAAGCAAAAAAGCUGAACAGAAAAAGAAGGAAAAGAUUAUUGAAGAUAAAACAUUCGGUCUGAAAAAUAAAAAAGGAGCCAAGACACAAAAGUAUGUGCAACAGAUAACUAACCAGGUCCGUCACGGAAAUGUUAGCCAAGCGAAGCUUGAGGCGGAUAAGGCUGCAGCAAAAAAGAAGCAUGAAAAUAAUGAUUUGAAGGACCUAAAUAAGCUUUUGAAGCCAGUUACUGAAAUGCAGAAAGUGAGUAAAGAUGUGGAUCCAAAAUCUGUUCUCUGUCAAUUUUUUAAGCAGGGAAUGUGCCAAAAGGGUAAUAAAUGUAAGUUUAGUCAUGAUUUGGCAGUAGAGCAGAAGACGGCGAAGAAAAACCUCUACGUAGACAGCAGAGAUUUGGCGAAAGAAGAAGACACGAUGGAAAAUUGGGAUGAGACCAAACUUAGCGAAGUUGCGGAAAGGAAACAUGGAGAAAAGGAUCGGAAGCGGCCAAACCAAACUGAUAUUGUUUGUAAAUAUUUUAUCGAUGCUGUAGAAAAUAGCAAAUACGGUUGGUUUUGGGAGUGCCCGAACGGUGAUGGUUGCAUUUAUCGACAUGCCUUACCUGUCGGCUACAUUUUGAAGAAGGACAGGAAAAACCUUGAAGAACAGAAACGGCUUAAUGAAAUAAGUUUGGAGGAGCUUAUUGAGAAGGAGCGUGCAGCUCUAAACGCAAAAAGUUUGACCAAGAUUACGUUAGAAACUUUUGUUGCAUGGAAGAAAAAGAAGUUGCGUGAAAGAAAACUAAAGAGUUUGGAUGCUGAAAAGGAAAAAAAGAAGAGCUUUAAACUGGGGAAGUCGGUUGGAUUGAGUGGUCGCGAUCUUUUUACUUUUGACCCUAAUUUAGUUGCCCAGGACGAAGAUGAUAUUGAAGGUGGUGUUGCUUACGAAGUUGACCAUACGGAAGAUCGAGAAGAUGAUGUAAAGCUUUUAAACGAUGAUGAUGAGGAUGACGCAGAAGUUGCCAAUAUUGAGUUUAAUGAAGCGUUAUUUGAUGUUGAUGAUGUCCCGGAGCUAGAGAGUUUGGACGACGAAUUGAAGGUUUCAGAAGACCUUAAUCAGCUUAAGCUCUUUGAAUUUUGUGGUUAUUGA